AUGCUCUCUGGAAUGACUUCCACUUUAAUCUUAUUUGGCUAUUUUGCCUUCAUGAUUUAAUCACUUCAUUUGCUUUUGAAAAAUCAAGAUAUCGAAUACCAUAUUAGAAAUCAUUCAAGAUUUAUUCUACUUUUUGAGGAGUAUGGUGAAGAUAUUUUGUCAAUGGCUUAUUACCCAUUAUUUAUGAUUAAAAGAACUGCAAUUGCUUUCACUUUGAUUUAUUUAUAAAAUCAUCCAGUACUUCAAUUUAUGAUCAGUUUUAAUAUUGCUUUUACUAUAGAAUUGGACACAUAAGAACUUGCAUUAAAAGGAAUGGUAGCUUUCUUGAAAGAUUUAAGUCCCUUAGAAGUUCAAAUAUGUUAUUUAAAAUUUAAAGCACUUCCUUGCAUCAAUCAACACAAAUCAAUCAAAGCUAAGAACUUUAAUCUUCACAGGACUCUCCAUACUUUGGUUGAAUAACCUAACAGUUUAAGAAGUAUGGUAACUGCUGAGUCUAAAUUAUCUGCUGUUACUAGGAGCUCUAGAAAAUUAAAAAAUAAAAAUGAGUAGAUAGAAUAAGUUUAAAGCAGACUAUUCAGUGUAAAUACGAGUAUAAUCAGUACCAAGAAAUCUGAUUACAAGCUCCCAUAAAUUUGA